GGGGUAUGGUUAAAGAAGAUUACUUUAAAGAAUAAAGGUUAAGAGAAAGAGAUCAACAGUAAUAAUAGAUUCAUGAAUGGACAGGAAAAAAAAGGAAGUUGAAACUAGAAACUAAUAUGAUAAUUACAUAAUAGAACAAGAGAGUGAAUGAGUACUGAGUAGAAUUGUACAACAUUAAAAGUUUAACGAAUUUUGAAAAAACACCACUUUUAUUGAAAUAUUCACUUUUAUCGAAACAUCAGCAGUAAAUCAAACUUGGUUAAACAAACUCCAAAGUGUAUUUUAUGUAUAGAAGUUGUUUGUUCAAUUCGAAUUCUAUACCAUAUAAAUAUGUUUGGACUUAAUUUGUAAAUAUUUUGUAAGCUUAGCUACUUUUUGCAAACUUAGAAUCUAGAAAUAUGUUCCAUGUGAUCUAAAAAAGCUUUUGAAAAACAAAAUUUUUAGAGUAGUCUAGAAAUUUAUAGUACCAUCUACACUCAAACCUUUCCCCGGUAUAAAGUUGAUGCUGUAGUAAUACUUUAAUUUGACAAAAAUCAUAAGCAAAAAAAAUGUGCACAUUAGAGAAAUUGGGAAAUUUAUUCAUUCUAACACUCACCGGGGACGAUGAACACAGGCUAAAUCUCUCUCUUAUCGACUCAAUUAAAUCUGCUCUCGAUCGCGUAACGGCUGAAGCAACCGGCAGCUCCGCUCUAAUUACUACAGCUCAGGGCAAAUUCUUCUCUAAUGGCGUUGAUCUGACUUGGGCAUUGUCCGAUCCAUCGCGCUAUCCGUUGAUGAACUCCAAGCUCAAAUCCCUCAUUUUUGAAUUUUUCAACCUUCCCAUGCCAACAAUCGCGGCUGUAACAGGUCAUGCUUCGGCUGCCGGAUUCGUACUGGCGAUGAGCCAUGAUUACAUCCUGAUGCGAAAGGAUCGUGGAUAUCUGUACAUGAAUGAAAUCGAUAUAGGAUUGAAAAUUCCGAAUUGGUUCGUGACUUUGGUGAAGAACAAAGUGAAGUCGCCGGUAGCUUGGCGUGAAGUGGUUAUGAGAGGUACUAAAUUGACUGCUGACAUGGCAAUCGAGCAGGGAAUCGUCGUCUCCGCGCACCAUGGUGCAGCGGAGACGAUGAAGGAGGCUAUAAAGCUUGGGGAGGAGUUGAUAGAGAGGAAAUGGAAUGGUGAAGUUUACUCUCACAGCAGAAGGGUUGUGUUUUCUGAUGUUUUGGUUGCGCUGCCUAGUAAAAUGGUAUCUAAAUUGUAAUUUGGAGACUUAAUUUGGUACAAUAAAUAAAUAAAUAAAAUAGGAAUAAGUUUGUGGCAUGUUCGCUAAAAAGAAUCUCUUUAUAAUCCAUUAAUAUUUAUGAAUUAUGGGCCAACAAUAAAAAUAAAAUUCGUGUAUAGUGAA